AUGCCUCAGCGACGCCCCAAGCGGUCCCCACGCCGCCCCAUCCACCACACCGCCGCCGCCGCCCUCGUCCUCGUCGUCGCCAGCUCGACCGUGUCGGCCUCGUUCCUCACCGCCCCGCUCGACGCCCUCCGCGCCCGCGCCUUCCUGUCGCCCCGGGCACUCGCCGUCCCCAACACCAAGACCCCCGUCACCUACUCGAACGCCUCGGCCUCGCUCCCGACCGUCGUCGACACGACCGCCGCCCAAGGCCGCUACGGCCACUCGGCCGUCUACCUCCCGCCGCCGACCAACGAGCUCCUCCUCAUCGGCGGCCAGGUCGGCGAGGCCGACACGGCCAUCACGAGCGACGUCCUGCGCUUCCGCCUCGCGUCGUCGCUCGUCUGGGCCGCCGACCGCCCCCUGUCGAGCAUCCCGGACAACCCGCUCAAGAACAGCUCGCUCGCGACGGGCCUCCCGGCCUCGGCGUGGGGCGCAGCAGCCGUCGAUUCCCAAGGCCGCGCGUGGCUCGUCGGCGGCGUCACGGCCGACUGCGACAAGGACGCCAUCGCGCACGUCCUCUCGCCCUCGUCGUCGUCCUCGUCGUCGUCCUCGUGGACCGUGCCCGCCCUCGCGCCGCGCUACCCGCCCCGACGACGGCAAGCGAGCGCGCUCGCUGUCGCCAACGCGACGACGGGCGGCACCGACCUGUGGGUCCUCGGCGGCAUCGCCGACAGCUGGACCUGCUCGUCCGACACGAUCGGGUACGCCGGCGUCGACCGGUACGACACGGUGAGCGGCCUCGUCGAGUCGAUGCCGUGGAACGCCCCCGGUGGCGUCGACCCGGCCGAGUGGGAGCCGCCCGUGAGCGACUACGCGGCCGUCGUGCUCGCAGGAGGCGUCGGCAUCCUCAUCGUCGGCGGCCAAGGGUCGGACGGCCACCUCGCCGACACGGCCGAGGUGCUCAACUUUGACGUCGCGAGUCGGAGCUGGACCCAGCAGAGCGUCGCCAAUCUCGCCCCGGCGCCUCGCAUGGGCCACGCCUCGGUCCUCCUCGACUCGGGCUCGAUCGUCAUCCACGGCGGCCUGUCGUCGGCGCACAACGUCCUGUCGGACCUGUUCCUCCUGUCGCCCUCGACCUCGGGCUGGACCUGGACCCAGCUCGUCACGUCGGACCACUCCGAGGCGUCGCCCGCCCUCGCGUACCACUCGGCGACCCAGAUCGCCGGCGGUACCAUCGUCGUCGCGUUCGGCAUCGAUGGCGCGACGAGCGCCCCGAGCGGCGAGUUUUGGUUCCUCACGGUCGACGAGGACGCCGGGACCUACACGUGGACCGACCAGUUUGGCGGCAACGCCGAUGCUGUCGCCGCACUCGGCGCCGCCGACGCUGCCGCGACGACGACGUUCGCCGCCAAGUUCUCCAAGAAGACGUUCGAGGUCAUCGCCAACCCCAAGGCGCAGUCGGGCGAGGCCGCCGCCGCUGCCACCGUCGCACCCUCUCUCGGCGCCUACGGCACGCCCGAGAGCGAGGCGCCAAUCUCGGCGCCGGGCUACACCUCGUCGUUGUCGUUGCGCACGAGCCCCCGCACCAGCUCGUCCGCCGCCGCGACCGCCGCCAAGUCGCCCUCGUCGAGCGCCGCCACCGCGAGCCAGGACGAGGCGCCCACGCCCGAGAGCACCAUCAUCGGCGCGUCGCUCGGCGCUGUCGGCGCCGUCGCCGCCGCGGGCCUCCUCCUCUUCCUUGUGCGGCGACGCGCCGCCGCGCAGGGCGGCACGCGCGCGCCCUCGUCGCCCGUCAUGGGCUCGGCCUCGCGCGCAGACGGCGCCGCACCGCCGCUCGUGAGCCAGCUCAUGUACACGCGGCGGGCCCAGGCGCGCAACAUGAGCCUCGGGAGCACCCUCUCGGCGCUGUCGCCGCGCGCGCUCGACGUCGACGAGGGCUCGCCCAAUAUGGCCGGGAUCGGCGCUGCGUCGCCUGACCCGUUCAACGACGCGUACCGUGUCACCGAGGUCGGGCAGCUUGAGCGCGCUGGGUCGGCCGCGUCUGGCACGAGCAGCACGGGCGGCGUCGUCGGCGCGGUCCUCGCCUCCGUGUCGGGCCUCGUCGCUCCUUCGCAGCAGCAGCAGCACGGCGACACGUACACGAGCCCGGCCCCUACGCUCUCGGCCAAGCGUUCAAUGCGCCGACCUGCCGCGUCAUCGUCGUCGUCGCUCCCCGUUCCCGGGACGCCCGCCGAGCUCAUCGGCAUGGCCAUCACGAGCGACGACGGGCAUGACGGCCUGCCGUACGUCGCCUCGUCGACCUCGACGCACUCGCACGGCGCCGCACCCGCCGUCGUCGCUGCUGCCGCAGGAUCGUCCUCGUGGGACCCGGCGCGCUCGCAGCGCCCCUUCUCGGCGCCGCCUGCCCCGCCCGUCCCGUCGUCGCGCGACGCACGCACGCUCGACCUCGACGCGAGCCCCGUGCCGGCCAUCCUGCGACCUGGGACGCCGCUCAGGGUCGCCAACCCGGAUCCUUUCGCCGACCAGUAG